AUGGAAAUAUUGAUGAGAAUUGACGUUAAGGCUCACAACAAUGCAACGUCUGGUAAUUUUAACACGUAACAUAAUGAAAGGCUACAAACACAGUGCAAUAAUGACGAAUGUAAUUUAUGCAAUCGCCAUGUACGAGAAACAGAGGCAUUCAUGUAAAUUUCCGAAUAAUUUGGAAGUCCUUUUUCUUGUUGGCAUUUGCAUUACGACUUUUUGAUUCAGGCGGCAUGAUGGCAAUGAAAAUAACCUCUUUUUUUCUACCCGAACUGUUUCAAUAGCUCCUCUGAGUAAUCCCAGACACUUUGCACAAUGAUUUGUGUCCAUUCCAGGUAUAGUUGGAACCUUUUUUUUGAUCAAGUAUCCCCUCCCCCAUAUCGAAUAUAAAUCUCUGCUAUUCCUCACCAUUUCCAUCUCAUUUAUCUCUAAAUAUUUUUAUGUUUCAUGUACCUGCAUGGACGUCUGCUUGCACACAAACCAAAAGUAAUGAACUCUGGGUAAUCCGGACCACGUAAUAGCCCUGUCUCACUCUUUUUACCAGUGUUAUUCCACGUUUAGUACAAGUUUCUUCAUCUUAAACUUGCUUGAAAUGUUUAUGCCUGAGGGCGCAGCAAAGAUUGUGUCCGUUUAAAAGCAUUUGCAAACUUUUUUCCACCUCUUAUGUACUGGAAAUAAACCAAAAAUGUUAAGAAUUUCUUUGCCCUGAGGGCAGUUUCCAUGGAUUCCGACGUCGGAUUCGAUUCGGUCCAAUGGAUUUAGUCAGAAAUGACUUCAGGAAUUUGAAUAUGGAAUGAGUUGGUCACCAUUUUUGUUACAAUUUUUAAAGAGAUUUUUUGUUCGUAUUGUAAGCACAGAAUGCGGAGGGAGAGGCAAUGAAGAGGGUUUGGUUCUUUGUUUUGGCUCCAAAUAAGGAAAAAUGUGUCAAUAUCAGCGGGUUUUAACACUUUUUGGCUCUUUGCAGGGCUCUUUCAACAAAUUUUGAUUUAAUUGAGAAAUGGAAAGCACAGUUUUGUCUGUAUCAACAGCUUUCCGAAUGACGAUCAUGAUGAUUUGCAAAGUUUUGAACGUUUGAAAAGUCCAGUUUGUGAUUGUAUAGUUUCGUUCUUGGUUUGGAGCCCUUAGUAGGGAGAGUAUGCCCUUUCUGCUCGGUGUGUGGACUGUAUAAAAUAUAUGUAAAAGUUUACUUUUAUGAGCGAAAAUGGCAAAGAUGUAUCUGGAAAUUAUUUUCUCGUACCUCCUCUCCUCAUUUUACAUAAUGUCUUGCCAAAAUGGUUGUUGAGUGCCUUUUUUUCUCGCUGCAAAGCGAUCGUAAAAGAAUUUCCGUUUAAACAAUUGUUUGCCAAAUGUCAUCAAAAUUUGGGCGUCAUGUUUUGAGCCCUAAUUUAUUACUCAAGUUCUUACCAUUAUUUUGUAAUUUUGUAAUAUUAUGUUUAUUAUGUUUGAUGAUUCAUAAAAUUAUCAACAUUUUUGAAGAAAGUCCAAACGCUUCCGCUUUUGUUAAUUGGCUCGGCUAGAAUUUUCUCAUGUCUUAUUUUUUGUAAGCCUUGGUCUCAAAAGAAAUGCCAAAAUUAAAGAAUAAAAAGAUAAACCUCUAAAGAGCACUACAUUAAUAUGAACUUUCAAAGGUCCCUCAUUAAAACGGGUAUGUCAAAUUGUCUCGAGAAGAUGCAGAUUUGAUAGCCCCAUUCCAAUUUAUAUUCUCCUUCCCUUUCCUUAUCACUGUUUGUUUGCAUUUACGUGGCUUAUUCCCUGAGGCGUCUUGCAUCCCAUGUUUUCAGACGAUCUCUGCCAUCCUCCAACUCGUCUUCAAAUCAUGCCCUUUGAUGAGAGAUACGCACGGUUUCGGUAAUCUGUGUAUGUCCUCAUCUUACACCAGAGGCCUCUUUUUGUAUCUGAAGAGAGAAAAGAGAAUCCCCAGUCUUCUGAUCAGCCUGUUCCUAGUGUUGUGUGUGUACAAGGUGUGGGAAUGGGGAGUGGAUGUCAGGAAUGAGACAACUAUUAUUAUCAUCACACCAACACAUCGAAGGCCGGAGAGGUUCGCGGACAUGACAAGGUCAGAUCUUAUGCGUAAUAUAUAUAGAUUUUUUUGAAUUUUUUUUAACUCGUGGUAAAAAAUACUAAAUUUUGCAUUGCAAUUGUAAAUUUUUUUGUGCUACUAGUCGCGGAAAAAAGUCCUGGGAUUUUCUCGCGCCCCCCAAAUUCCGUCGCGCUCCGAAAAGUUGAUUUGUCGCGGGAAUCGCGCGCGACAAUAAGGCAAAAUCAACAAAAUUGCACUGUGCAAAAGCACUUUUCGGGUUCAUGCACAGUGCAGAGUCGCAGAAAAAUCCCAGGACUUUUUUCCGCGACUAGUAGUAAACGUUGCAUUUUGGAGAGUUCCAAGAAAAAGUCGAAGUGCACAAUGAAAAGUAAAUUCAUAGUCUGACGACGAUGCACAGGAUUUCUCGCCUUCAAAUUUUGUCGGAAUUCUUUGUCUAGGUCACGUAAUCACCUGAAAGAACAUUAUUAAAGUUCAUAUUUCUAUUCCAGAUUCUCUCAAACCCUCAUGCACAUCAAGAACUUACAUUGGAUCGUGAUUGAAGAUGGGAACGCCACUUCUCCGGCGGUGGAGAGGAUUCUGCAGAGGUCCGGGAUACCCUACGCCUACUUCUUUACAACCACCAAACCCGGAUUUCCUCGUAAGUAAAACUUUUUUUAUUGCAAUGUCAUCUUGUUUUACACUACUUUAGGACGUGGCUGGACCCAUCGAAACAUGGGCCUAGAAUAUAUUCGAAAGAAUUACAAAAACUAUAAACGAAAUGCCGUCAUUUACUUCGCCGAUGAUGACAAUUCCUACGACAUUCGACUGUUCAACGAGUACAUUCGGAAUGUAAAAACAAUCGGGUUCUGGGCGGUGGGUAAGCAGAUUCUUAAUUUACAAAUUUUAAAUUUAGGCCUUGCCGGAGGCGCUUUAGUCGAGGCUCCUCAUGUGGAGAACGGGACGAUCACCAAGUGGGAUGUAAUGUAUGCUCCGUCGAGGAAAUUCGCGACAGAUAUGGCCGGGUUUGCGAUCAAUUUGAGAUUAGUUUUGGAGAAGGAGUAAGUUUGAAUAAAAGGACCAAUUGCUGAAAAAUUAACUUUCCGAUUUCUUUGAAGUUUUGUAUUCAUGCUCUCUAUAGGCCACAAAUUUACUUUUCAAAUUCUUAGCUCAUGCUUUCGUUAGGAGACUGAACCCCCCAUGACCGAACCCCCCUGACUGAACCCCCCUGACUGAACCCCCCAAGAUCGAACCCCCCUGACUGAACCCCCCUGAAUAAUUGAGGUACUACAUAUUAACGCUUCAUACUAUACAGUACAAUUAAAAAUUAUGCAUUCAGAUGUUAAUGCUGUUAGUUUGGUGCCCAGUACUGUUCAAACAAUAUGUUUUUAACACUUGGUACUGUAUAGUACUAAGUGGUACUAUAUAGCACGAGAUGAAAAUUAAGCCAUAACCGUUAAUGCUGUUGGUUUCAAGCCCAGUACUUCUCAAAAAAUGCGUUUUUAGCACUUAAUUUUUACCUCGUGCUAUAUAGUACCACUUAGUACUAUAUAGUACCAAGUGCUAAAAACGCAUUUUUUGAGAAGUACUGGGCUUCAAACCAACAGCAUUAACGCGUUAUGGCUUCAUUUUUAUCUCGUGCUAUACAGUACCACUUAGUACUAUACAGUACCAAUUGCUAAAAACAUAUUGUUUGAACAGUACUGGGCAACAAACCCGCAGACACACAACGUGCACAGCCACAACCUUUUCAGUUCGGCCACAUUGUAUUUUAGCAGAAGGCCAAGGUUUAUUCAAUUUGGGGGGGUUCAGUCAGGGGGGGUUCCCUCGAACAGGGGUGAGGGGUUCAGUCAGGGGGGGUCCAGUCAUUGGGGGGUUCAGUCAGGGGGGUUCAGUCAGGGGGGUUCGGUCUUGGGAGGUUCAGUCAGGCAUUCCAUGCUUUGGUUGGGAAGUGGGUAAUAAAUUAACAUAAUCUUCGUGACCAUUCUGAAAGAUUUUCUGUAUUCCGUGAAGUCUUGUUCCUCAAACUUCUAUUUACACAAUGUUUAAUGUCUUGGGUCUCUAAAGAAGCCGGAAACGCUUUAAAAAAGCUGAUUGCCUCCGGCAUUAUUGCUGGGAACGUUCUUCUCACGCUUUUGUUUUUGCAUAUUUUUCGCCCAAUUUUUUUGCAUGCUUAAAACUUUUGAUGAAAUAUUUCUUUGGACUCCAUCCUAAAAUCAAUUAGUCUUACAAUUGUUAUUCAAAAAAUCGACUUAAAAUUAGAAAUUCAUGUUCGAGCAGGAGAUUAGACGAUAUUCUCCAUGACGAACGCCCUUUCCGUCAUGCCAGAUUAAACUGUAGAGGAUAAUCUUGAGUGUUUGUCCAUCUUUUAGAUAAAGAAGAUUAUUCUUCUCCUUUUCCAGCGUCUACUUCCAUACGGGUUGUGUGAAAGUGAGUCCCGAAUCCUGUUUCCUGAGCCAAUUCAAAUUGAAUCGAAGCCAAGUGGAGCCGUUCGGGCAUGACCGCGAACCCAAGGAGAUCCUGGUCUGGCACACCAAGACCAAGAACAUCGGCACUCAGGGCGAGAAUCACGGCUACAUCACCGAGAAAUGA